AUGAUAGCUGAGAUAGAAUCAAUUAUUGACUCCCAUCAAAAAUCCGAAAAAUCAAAAAAUAGCGUGAAAUUGCCAGAUAUUGUAUUACCAAAAUUUAAUGGCGAGUAUAGUGAGUGGACAGCCUUUAUUGACAUUUUUAAUUCAUUGAUUCAUAAUAAUUCAAAAUUAGCGCCAGUGCAGAAAUUGCACUAUUUAAAAGGUGCUCUCACCUUAUCAGCUUCAGAAUUAAUAUCUAGUAUAAGUGUCACAAAUGAAAAUUAUGCAGUAGCAUAUGAUCUUGUAAUUAAAACUUACAAUAAUCAAUUUUUAAUUGUCAAUGCUCACUUGCAGAGCAUUGAUAGCAUACCUGUAAUACAAAAGGGCAGUCAUGAGAGGUUGAGAGCUCUUUUAAAUAGUGCAAGACAACAAAUUCAGUCAUUGAAAGCCUUCUUUGAGCCUGCAGCACAUUGGGACAUUAUCUUAUUGCAUAUGUUGUGUAGGAAGCUUGACAGUGGGACAAAAGUGGCUUGGAAUCUGUCUCGGGCGUCAGAGCAGUUACCUUCUUUAGUGGAGUUCUUCACAUUUCUUGAACUCCGGGUAACAGCCUUGGAGAAUUCGUGUAGCACAGACAGCAAACCAACCACCAAGUCUGUUCAUACAAUUGUUAAGAAACCUACACAACUGUGUAGUUAUUGCAAAAAUGAAGACCAUGUGCUGUAUAAAUGCUCUACUUUUAAGGCACUGGAUGUAAAGGCAUGUAAGUUUUUUAUUAAUAAAAAUUCGAUUUGCUCUCGUUGUUUGGCUUCUCGACAUAAUGUUGCUAAAUGUAAAUUUAGAUAUGAUUGUUCAAAGUGCAAAGAAUCGCAUAAUACUUUGCUACAUGAAGAACCUGAGCCAAUGCCCAGCACUUCAAGUAGUACUGUAUGCAUGGCAAAUAAUACGGGGAUGCAAACAUCCCCGGUUAUCUACGGUUUCUCUCAUUGUUAUGGGCACCGACGGAACCCAACAUAA